AGAGAGCGCCGUCUCAGCGGCAGAGAUGGCAGCACGCUCUCUGAAGAUGACAGCGUCCGUUCAGUACCUCAGAAAACUGCUGGGGAAGAGCAGCUGCGCGACAAGCAACCUGCUGAACACUGGACAUAAAACACAGAAGAACACUACUGAUUAUAAAACGAUCAGGAACAAAGAUGGAAAAGGUCAUAAAAGAAACAUGCAAUUCCAAGACAGCACGACAGAGCAGUAUAUGAGGAAAAGUGUAAUCUUAAGGAGAAAAGAAAAUGAAAGUUUUGGGUUUGACAUCCAGGCAAGCAGUGCUGAGAGAAGAAUCUGCGCUGAGCAGGGUUUGGGCUCGUGUGUGUGUUGGGUGAAGGAGGACAGUCUGGCAGAGAGUAGUGGGUUACUGACGGGUGAUGUUAUAACAGCGAUCAACAGCGUGUGCAUUGCUGGAUUCACUCAUCAGCAGAUCAAGGAUCUGCUUCAAAAGUCCCCCACCCUUAUAAUGGAGAUUAUCAGAGGUGCUACAGAGAAGCAGAGACAACUGCUAAGCAAGCUUUAUCUCCUGCAGAAACAGUUUACAGAGAAAUGCGAAGAGCUUCAGACACUCAUCGCGGAGGAAGUGCGUCUUACAGGAGGUGCUGUGGAAGAUGUCCUUUCUCAAGGGUCCUCUGCUAACCACUGCUGACAGUAUAUGGACAGAGAGCAUUGUUCCACUUCUGCUCUCAAUCAAACCUAAUCAAGGUUGCUGGCUUCACUGGAAAUUCACAGGCUAGUGCAUUAAUAGGGUCGAAACUAAGCUCUGUGCGUUCUGUGCUCUUGAAGCAGUUUAAAGUUAGUAUGCCAAAGGAGACCCCAAGAGACCAUAAUCAGACGGCUUCUUUUCUGUAUUAGUGAAUUAGUGAGUGAAAAGCUAAAUACUGAUGUACAGAGAUGGAAUUAUUUAACUAUUUUUUACUGAAUUUUGUAUUAUCUAUACUGUAUUUGUGUACUUUACACUAUUAAGCAGUCAUUUUUUUGUCAGUUUAUUUAACUUAAUCUAAUUGAUAUCCUGUCUAAAUGAGUUUUGUGUAUAUAUGUACAAAGUUGCCUAAUAUUUAUUCAUUUUCAUAUUUAUAUAAUGCCUCUUCAAUAAACUUUGAUCACACGCU